ACAUUAUGCCAGCAUGCCAUUUGUUUCUAAUAAUGCAUAUUAAAAUUUUAUGAUGUUUUAAGUAUACAAAUGUAAUGCAUGGUUGAAGGAUAAAAGUUUCUGCUUUAACAGAUAUUGUUUUAUACAGUCAAUUAUCAUUAAUAUGAAAUUCCAAGGACCAGCAAAAAGAAGAAAAAAAUGCAAUCAAAUAUAAAUUACAGAACAAUGAAAAGUAUUACAAAUUUAAAAGUAUUGUGCAUUUUAUUGAAAAUAUAGUUGGAAGUGAACCUUUAAAAAGUAUACAUUGCAAAUGAACUGCAAGUCAUUUGCAGUGUCCCAUUCUGAUCAAGGACAUUUUUUUUUAUUUUUUUUAUUCAGUCGUUGCCAAUGAUUUUUACCCCAUUUUUCUCCCCAAUUUGGAAUCGCCAAUUGUGUUAUUAUUCCCGGUUCACCUCUGCAACGUCCUGGCCACUCUGGGAAACUGCGGUUGACACGCGUCCUCCGAAACGUGUCCCUGCCAAGCUGUCUUUUUUUCGUGCUGCGGAUCCACAGUGAAGCCAUCAGACCUGUAGUGCCGGACAGGACAUUUGUGUUAACAGGAAAUUUGUGUCAACUCAUGCAGACCUGCCUUCUUUAAACCUCCCCCUUGUACCGAAAGAAGAGCUCUCUGAUGUGUACUGUUUACCUGAAGAUGAGAGAGAGACAGUGGGGACCAGGGAGGAGAUGCCCAGUACUGAUGAUGAAUCUGGACCAGUAAUCUUAGUAAAGGAAGUGAAAUCCACAAUGGAUAACAGGCAAAAUGAAAGAAAGGCAUUGCAAACUCACAAAUUCAACAGAUCCUCAUUCCCAGGAAGCACAAUGCCUACAGAAGACUUAAAAAGACACUGCUUCAGUUCUGUCACGGUGAAAAGUAAUUCACCAACACAGGGCUUUUUGCACAGGACUAGUAGCAAUACAGAUUCUAGUUUAUAUGAGAACCCUUUACCUCACAAUCAGCCUUGCAGUUCCCAAACUGCUCAAAACCCAAGUGUCAGUAGAAGGAACGCAAUAGUAGCCAAUUGUGACUUGAAGGCUGACAUCAACACUGAACUAUUAAAACACAAUAACAAUUCAGUAUCUGGUACAGCCUUUAACAUUUUACCAGCUAUAAAGCAUAUUUCUGCUGGUCCUUCAUUCACUGUCUCAACUAGUUCAGCUUUUGGUAUCCCGAAACACCACAGUGAACAAUCUCAGGGGAAGUUUGCGGAUUCUCAGUCACAUCUCAGAAACAUGACUGGAGCCUGCAGCUCACAGAGUGCGUGUGUAGUGGGACAUCCAGAAACUGUUAUGAAAAUUCACUCUAAGGAGGAUCAGGGUUACAAUAGAUACAAAGACCAGGUUCUUCAAGCUGAAGAUACAGUUGGAGAAGCAAUUGAGGAGGUUAUACGGAAACACUGUUACAGUAUUCCAACUCAGGAGACAUCCUUUGAGGAUGAGACUAGUUUUCAUUUAUUACUUGGCUCGCUUGCUAAUCCUUGUAAUUUUUCAGAGUCUGGGACCAGUACUGAGUGGGAUACUCCAAUAAAGAGAAACCCAGGGCCGCUCAAAGAUCUUGGAUGUCUCAAGGAGGCUCACAUUGACCUUGAAGACAAGAAAUAUGAAUCGCAGCUAAGCUCUGUCCUGCAUCUACACCCAGAGGCAGAGAAGAAAGAGAAUCAUAAGAAAGAGGAGGAAGGGAAUGGUGAUAUAAAAGAAUGCAAAAAUGAUAAUGGCCUUCUUCUACCACUGCCACAUAUACCUCAAUCUUUUGUUGGAAAGACAUGGUCACAAGUCAUGUACGAGGAUGACUUGAAAAUUGAAGCACUUGUUCGAGAAUUUAGAGACGGACAUUUCCGGUGUUAUUUUGAAAGUGAAUCCUCGGCUAGCUAUGAGAAGAAGAGUAAGAAGCAGAAACAAAAAGUAGUAGCAAAUAAGACUUUUACUGAAAGUAAUGAGGCAUCAGCCACAAAAGAGGCAGUGCCACUUUUUGAUCAUGUUAAUAUGUAUGAUGGUGAUGAUGAUGAUGGUGAUUAUAACCAUUCCUCUCUUUUGAUCCCUGCGUGCAAAACACCACUUGAAAAGAAGCCAGAAAAAAGAACAUGGCGCCUGGCUUCCAGGUGCCAGGUUGUUAAAGUCAGCCAUGGAACCCAAACAAGCAUGGUAAACUACCCAGUUGUCAAGAAAAGAAUAUUAAGAAAAUAUAGUGAUCCAACAGAUGCAAAGCAAGCACGAUAUGAGUUAGAAUGUGAAAAGACACCAGAUAUGAAAACCAGGUUGUGUGCUCUGAAGCUGCCCGAGGCUUAUAGUAAAAUCAUGAGUCCUUUACAGCCAAAGUCACUGGUCUAUGUGUUGUCUUCUCCAGAAAACACGCAGUGCUCAUUAAAACCUGUCUGUUUCAGAAAGACUGGGAGGAAACGCAAAUCUACUGAAAGUGAAAGUACAAUGAGGUAUACGUAUAAGAUGACUCCUUUUAAGUUUUAUGAUUCUUUGACUAACAGGAUUUUGAAAACGCAGCCAAAGGGAGUAGCAUGCAAACCUAAAACAUUUACACACGUACGGCAGCUGUUUAGAAGUCUGAGUCCAGAUAUAAAACAAAUGAAUGACAGUCAGAAUGAAGAUGAUUUAAGUUCCUGUCUAGAAGCUGAUAUUCCUUCUGAAAAGGAUUCUUCAGCCUCUUACAGGAAGCCAGGCAUCAGAUCAUGUAGUCGAUCAACUCAGUCAAGAAACAGAAUUAUCCUGAGCCCCCUGAACUUUUCAAAACCUUAUACCAAAGGUGCUAUGGUCUUAUCUCCACUGAAGAACAAAACCACAGAAGCAUUUAAUGUAUGCAAGAGCAGGAAUUCAAGAAGGCAAGCACUGGUAAAACAGGAUCCUAAAUCGGAGCAGGGGAGCUCGAGAAAUAAAUUGACAGGACCAAAUUCUCAGACUAAAAGUGUUAGAACUAAAGUGAAUUUGAAGAGGCAACGAAUGGAAAAUAAAGGUACAAAGAGGCCAGACUUUGUUUCAGCUUCCAAGACGUCCAGUGAAAUGCUAACAAAACAACAGAAAAAUGGACAGAAAACUCCAAGAGCAGAUAACAAGAAGAAAAUCAAAUUCACAAAGGGUUUAUUAAGCCGACGGAAACCUGAAAAGAAACUUGAGGCCAGUAGGAAAACAGGUCUAAGGAGCAGUUUGGAGAAAGAGAAUCCUAACAUUAAAGUAUCAGAAAAGUCUGCAGAAGUGCUUAUGGAAAGAUGUAAAAAUCCAACAGAGGCAUCCAGAAAACAGCUGGAAAAUGAAAGUUCUGAUAAUAGGAGAGAGUUACGAAGUUCAAGAGGGAAAUCUUACUCUAAUAAACCCUUAGUAAAAAGAAAUCUCAGGUCAUCUUCUAAGAGUAUAUGAAGAGAGAUGGAAAACGGUUAAAGCUAAAAAGUAAUAAAACAAGACAAAAACAAUAAGAUGCUUUUCAGUUACGAGACAGAUGUUCUUUAGUAAAAAAAACAAUCUAGUUUUGCUGCAGUGCUUUUUUUCUGUCCGAUCUCAGGAGUACUGUACGCAGUAUGAAUUAGAAUUAGUUCACUGUCAUUCCUCAACAUGUCUUCUUAAGACAAAAAAAAAUGUAAUAAGUGAGACUGCGAAGUACAGCUAUCUUUUUCUUUUUUUUACAGCUGUAUUUUUUUGCAAGGUAUAAUGUUAAUGAGAAUUAAUUUAUAUAUUUUUUUUCUAGUUUUGAAUGAACUAUCAGGGUAUAUUUUGAAGAUUGAAAUUAAUAAGUAUUUUUUUCCCUAAAAUUGUUCUAUUUAAUAAUAGUUUUUGUUUUUAUUGUAUGCCACAUGUGUCCUUGUUUAUUAAAAAUCUUCCAAUCUUGCUUUUCAAAUAUUGUAUAAUCUACUCAAAUGAAUCACUGUUCAUUUUUACAUCAUGUUAGUAAUGCUGCUGUUACCUAAUGCAGUAGAUAUCUUGGGAUGAAGCUGAUAUAUUGAAAACCUUAUAAUAUCAAGUCAAAUUUACAAUAGGUCAUAGUGAGGAGUAUACUUUGUAAAGUAGAGAUCCUGUCUUGUCUUAGUAACCUUACUCUCCUCCAUUGCAGCAGUAUUGCACAAAGGCUCUCCUCUCAUUAAUGAAUAAUUACUUUUUAUGGUAUAAUGCUUCACAUGAAAUUACACAGAUUUACCCUUGGGGAUUGGGCAAAUGUGUGUAGCUCAGCACUCUGCAGGAAAACCAAAAAGUAGAGAGGCCAUGAAAAAUUAAUCUUAAUUCAUAAAAGGACUGUUCCUUUUUUGAGUUUGCCUUAAGUGAAUGGGCUGUGUAUUAAUCAACUGUAGAUGGUGAUGGCUGUAUUAGUGGUCUGCUUUGUAAAUGUCUGCAUGGUCUUUCUUGGAAGCGUGCCUUAAUCUGCAGAUAAGCAAUGGACUAGGAAGGUAAUCAAAGCCUUUACCUCAAAUUGCCAUGCACACUUUGUUUUCAGAAAGGUAAGAACACAACCAGUAAAGUUACCAAACUAUAAAUAUAUAAAUUAUUUAAGUACUUGUAAGUAAUUUGGUUGUAUCUUUUUAGCUUAGUAUUGUAACUGGUGUGUUAUUCCUAUUAGAAAUAAACUGCUAAUAAUGAUAUGGAGUAAAAAUAAAAGGGUUGAAACCUCCACGUGGUUCAGUUGCAAGCAAAUCAUGAUGGAUUAAUAUUAAAGCUGGAAGAAUACCACCUUUUACCUUCAUAUCCCUAUUACUUUCCAGUGUUCUACUUUAAGUUUCUUUAUUGCAGAUUGAUAUUAUAUUUAGACCAUGGGUCCCACUCUGACUGCAGAGAGCUGUCCUAGGAGAGAACCCCGAAGGCUGGGUGGCAAGAGUCACUAAUCCCCAGAGGGAGGGGACAUUUGUAGAAGCCUGUUAAUUUUGACAAGGGGAUAAGACAUUCUGCCGACCUUGUUUUUCGUAUUCGUGGCUGCUUGAAAAACAGCUUGGACUUGCAGCAUUCAACAACAUUUGUCUUGGCGUAAAUACUAUUUAAUCUAAAAAACUCGUCCAAGAAUAAUUUCAGUGGCAAAUAUUCAGAAAAUGCACUCUUUCACUCAGAGACCUCUUUUAAAGAAUUAUUGCUAAUGAAAUAAUUCCAUAACCAUUACCUGGCUUGCACAUUACUAUGUAGA